AUGGCGGCGGCGGGCGCGGGGGCCGGGCCCGGGCCCGGCGCGGGACCCUCGGCCGGCGCCGGUGCGUCCAACCCGCGCAAGUUCAGCGAGAAGAUCGCACUGCAGAAGCAACGGCAGGCGGAGGAGACCGCGGCCUUCGAGGAGGUCAUGAUGGAGAUCUGCUCCACACGGCUGCAGGCGCAGAAGCUGCGGCUGGCCCACAGCCGGGGGCCCUUCUACAGCGGCUCCCUGCCCAACGUCAACCAGAUCGGCACCGGGGUUCCCGAAUUCCAGGGUCCCUCUCCGCUGGAUUCCACGCGGAGCACGCGGCACCACGGGCUGGUGGAGCGCGUCCAGCGGGAUCCCCGCCGGAUGAUGUCCCCCCUGCGCCGCUACGUCCGGCAGAUCGACAGCUCUCCCUAUGGACCCACGUACCUGUCGCCUCCUCCUGAGCCCAGCUGGAGGAGGACCAUGCCCUGGAGCAACUUCCCGAUGGAAAAAGGACAUUUAUUCCGGCUGCCCUCAGCUCUCAACAGGACGAAUUCCGACUCGGCGCUGCACACGAGCGUGAUGAACCCCACGCCCCAGGACGCCUACCUGGGCCCCUCGCAGGCCGGGCCGCCCCCCGGCCGCCGUGCAGGUUUCCUGGAUGGGGACUCGGACAGCAAAGUGUUUCUUUUCCAAGUGCCUCCCAUCGAAGAGAACUUCGAUGACAACAAGCACUCGCUGAAGCCCUGGGACACCAAGAAGCUCUCGUCCUCCUCGGCCCGGCCACGCUCCUGCGAGGUCCCGGGAAUCCACAUAUUCCCAUCCCCGGAUCAACCUGCCAACGUGCCCCUCAUGCCCUCGGCCCUCAACACGGGGGGGUCCCUGCCCGACCUGACCACGCUGCACUUCCCGUCCCCCCUGCCCACCCCUCUGGACCCUGAGGAGGCCCCGUACCCUCCUCUGAGCGGGGGCAGCAGCACCUCUAACCUGGCCACCACCAUGACCCACCUGGGCAUCAGCGGCGGCGGCGUCGGGCUGGGCUACGACCCCCCAGGACUCCCCUCACCUCUGCAGAGCUCCCUGAGUAACCCGUCCCUGCAGUCCUCCCUGAGCAAUCCCAACCUCCAGGCCUCCCUGCGCAGCCCCUCGCUCCAGGCCUCCCUCAGCAACCCCUCGCUCCAGUCCUCCCACAGCAGCUCCUCCAUCCCCUCCUCUCUCUCCAACCAGUCCCUGCCUUCCUCCCUGUCCUCCUCGCUCUCCAACCCCUCGCUACCCACGUCCCCCCGGAGCCAGCCCCUCCAGUCCUCGCCCAGCAACCCCAGCCUGCCCUCGGGGCUGGGGGGCUCCUUCGCGGCCACCUCGCCCCGCCGGCGGGUCCCGCUCAGCCCCCUGUCCCUGCCCGUGGCCGGCGACUGCAGACGGCAGCACCCCAAACAGUUCUCACCAACAAUGUCACCCACAUUGUCCUCCAUCACCCAGGGCGUCCCCCUGGAUACCAGCAAGCUGCCGGCGGACCAGCGGCUCCCUCCGUACCCCUACGGACAGCCGGGAAUGCUGCUGGGCUCCCAGCCCCCACCGCGGGCCCCCGCGCCCCCCCCCGCGCCCCUACAACCCCCCCUACGCCCCCGGCACCGCCCUGGGGCAGCCCCUGGCACAGCCCCCCAGCGACUUCGGCCUGGGCAGCCUGGAGCAGUUCGGGAUCGGGGAGAGCCCCCCCGGGAACAGCGGAGGGUUCCCCGAGGACUUGGGGGCCCUGAGUUACCCCCCGAACGAGGGGGGCUACGACCCCAGCCCCGGCCUGAACCGCCCAAACCUGAGCAACUGCAGCCGCCACGGCCCCAUCCCCAACAUCAUCUUCACAGGCGAUUCGCCCCCAGGGCUGUCGAAGGAGAUCGCGACGGCGCUGGCGGGGGUCCCGGGCUUCGAGGUGGAGGGGGGGAGCUGCGCAUCGAGCCGCUGACGCUGGACGGGCUGAGCAUGCUGAGCGACCCCUGCGCGCUGCUCACCGACCCCGCCGUCGAGGAUUCCUUCCGCUCCGACCGCCUGCAGUGA